AUGUCCGGCGUCGGCGACGUCGCCGGAAUCGACAGUCCCGAUGACGAAGUCUUCGUGGAACCACAGAAUCCCCCGACGCCGGAUCACACAGUUCUGCUAGACGUGAAUCCGGCGGUCCGCUACCCCCUGCUGCUCUUGAACAUGGUUCUCUGCGUGGUCGGCGCGUUCAUGGCGCUCUCCGGUCUCUACACGCUUCUGGAGACUUGGGACGGCUCCGCCGACGACGACCAGGAGACGCUCCGGAAGUUUAACAUUUACAGCUGGGUGGUGACGCGUAUUGAGCUGGUGGUAACGGCCACGGGACUGGUCUUCUUCUUCGUGUCCUGUUGCGGUUGCGUCGGGGCCCUGCGCGAGAACACCUUGCUCCUCAGAAUCUACUCGGUCGUGCUUACCAUGCUCAUUGUGAUCGGCCUGAUCUGCGGUAUCAUCGUCUUCUUCAUGCCCGCUCACGUCAAGAAGCUGAUACAAGACACGCUGUCGGAGUCUCUGGUGAUCCACUAUCGGGACACCGCGGACUCCCAGCAGUUCGUGGAUGCUGUGCAGCGCUAUCUGCAGUGCUGCGGCAUGACCUCCAUGAGUUAUCAAGACUGGAACAAAAACAUCUACUUCAAUUGCAGCACCCAGAACCCGAGCCAGGAGCGCUGCUCGGUGCCGCACUCAUGCUGCAAGCAGAAUUCGUCCGGGGAACUGUUGAGCAUCUUCUGCGGGCGCAAGGUACUGAACAUGUCCGGCUACGACGCAUGGUUCCGCAUCUACAUCGGCAACUGCCCCGACGCGGCGCACCGUUUCGUCAGGGAGCAUGUGAUGAUCGUAGGCGGAACCUGCCUCGCGGUCGUCAUUGUGAUCGCCUUCCUGGACCUGAUCGCCAACUCGGUCGUAGAGGAGAUCAACAUAAUCCGCAGAAUCUACGCGCAGAUCAACGAGUUGGCGGCCCAGCCUCCCUCCCCGUAA